AUGCCUCUCUACCUGCUGUUACUCCUUCUUUCUCCCUCCCGCACAUUGCUGCCCCAGAAUCCGCCCAUAUUAGUUGCGUAUCCUUUACAGGUCGUUGCAGAAUCAACUUUACAGGACGUUGCAGAACCAACUUUACAGGACGUUGCAGAACCAACUUUACAGGACGUUGCAGAACCAACUUUACAGGAUGUUGCAGAACCAACUUUACAGGACGUUGCAGAACCAACUUUACAGGACGUUGCAGAACCAACUUUACAGGAUGUUGCAGAACCAACUUUACAGGACGUUGCAGAACCAACUUUACAGGACGUUGCAGAACCAACUUUACAGGACGUUGCAGAACCAACUUUACAGGGCGUUGCAGAACCAACUUUACAGGACGUUGCGGAACCAACUUUACAGGAU